UCCCUCCAACGACAACUCUCUCGUUCUCUCUCUCUCUCUCUCUCUCGGACAAACACAGAGCGCUCGAAAAAACGUCAUCUCACGUCCUCUCCCAAAAUCACUCCCUUCCUGCGUCUCCUUGUGCUGUUUUUGGUCGUGGUCGAGGCAGGAUUUUCGCGUCGCUUUGCACUCGCAAACGGUUUUUCAAGGGGAUCGAGGUCGGAGUUUGGGUCGGUGUCAGGCGAGGGGAAGCAGGGGAAGUUAAGGAUGGUGGUGCCUCUGGGUUCAGUUUCCAGAGUGGUUGUCUGCGUUGUUCUUGUCGUGAUUUGCUGUGCGGUCUUCGACUGUGAUGCUCAACUCUUGCCGCAAGAUGAAGUUGAUACACUAAACACAAUUGCCAUGAAAAUGCAAAACAAAUAUUGGAAUGUAAACGAGACAUCGUGCAUUGGGGGUAUAGGUCUAAAUGUGACCCUUGCUUCAGGAAUAAUAAGCAACGUGACUUGCAACUGUUCCUUCAAUGACAGCACAGUUUGCCAUGUCACAAACAUCCAGUUGAAGGAACUUAAUUUGACAGGGAUUUUUCCUGAUGAAUUUGGCAACCUCACUUACCUAAGGGAAAUAGACAUCACUCGUAACUUCAUCAGUGGAUCGCUCCCCACAACUCUUACUCAGAUACCACUUACUAUUCUGUCAGCACUUGGAAAUCGCAUAAGUGGUGUUCCCAAGGAAAUUGGCAACAUUAGCAUGCUGGAGGAGCUUGUAUUAGAGGACAAUCUGCUUGAAGGCACUCUUGAGCCGAACAUUGGAAACUUGAGCCUUUUAAAGAGACUCCUUUUGUCUGCUAAUAAUUUCACAGGAACAAUACCCGAAUCAUUUGGCAACCUAAAGAACUUAGAAGAUUUUCGUAUAGAUGGAUGCACAUUAUCAGGAAAGAUACCUGAUUUUAUCGGGAAUUGGACCAAAAUUACAAGAUUGGACAUGCAAGGCACAUCUAUGGAGGGACCUAUUCCUUCAAGCAUAUCGUUGUUGACAAACUUGAUGGAGUUAAUCUCGGAUUUGAAAGGUUCGAGCUCAAAUUUUCCUAAUUUGCAGGGCAUGAACAUGAAAAUAUUGAUUCUGAGAAAUUGCUUACUUAUUGGCUCAAUUCCAUAUUACAUUGGGCAAUGGACAAGUUUGACAACAUUAGACCUCAGCGUCAACAGAUUGACCGGUCAAGUUCCUGAAAUGAUGGGAGCUGCUCUGGAUUACAUGUUCCUGACAAACAACUCCCUUACCGGAGCAGUACCCAGUUGGGUAACAGGGAGCAAGCAAUCUCUCGACUUAUCUUACAACAAUUUCACCGGUUCUCCUGUAAUUAGUUGUCAGCAAUCAAAAGUUAAUUUGGUUUCCAGCUUUUCAUCUAAUCAAAACAACUCGCUCUGGUGCCUGGAGAAGGAUCUACCCUGCAAUGGGAAAGCACAAUACCGUUCCUUAUUUAUCAAUUGUGGAGGAGCCAAAAUGCAUUUUGAAAAGAAUCAAUAUGAAGCGGACACCAGUCAAGACGGGCCAUCAAUUUUCUAUUCUUCUUCAGAAAAGUGGGCUUACAGCAGCACCGGGGUUUAUAUGGGAAAUGAUAAAGCUGGUUACACCAUGAGUAACCCAUUUUCUACGAACGUGAAUGGCUCCGAACUUUACCAAACAGCUCGCCUUUCCCCUUGGUCAAUUAGAUACUAUGGCCUUUGCAUGAUGAAAGGAAGUUACAAAGUGCGGCUUUAUUUUGCUGAAAUUCAAUAUUCCAAUGACGAAACAUAUAGCAGCCUCGGGAGACGUAUAUUCGAUGUAUCGAUACAAGGCAAUCUAGUGUUGAAGGAUUUUAAUAUUGCAGAAGCAGCGGGAGGUGUCGGGAAGGGCAUAUUCAGGGACUUCGAUAACAUUACUGUGACUGGCACUACUUUGGAGAUUCAUUUAUAUUGGUCAGGGAAGGGAACCGCAGCCAUUCCUGAUAGAGGUACCUAUGGACCACUUAUUUCCGCCAUUGCAGUGACAUCGAACUUUGAUGUCGGAAGCGGACUAUCAGCUGGAGCAAUCAUUGGAAUCGCAAUAGCUUCAGCAGUUCUCCUUUUAUUGAUAUUACUAGUCCUUAGGCUAACAGGAUUCUUAGGCGGCAAAGAAGUUGAAGAUCCAGAAUUACGUGGGCUAGAUCUCCAAACUGGCCGUUUCACUUUAAGGCAAAUCAAAGCCGCUACGGGCAACUUCGCUUCUGUGAAUAAGAUAGGUGAAGGAGGGUUUGGGCCGGUUUACAAGGGAAUACUGUCGGAUGGAACUAUAAUUGCUGUGAAGCAGCUUUCUUCUAAAUCAAAACAAGGCAAUCGUGAAUUUCUCAAUGAGAUAGGCAUGAUAUCUGCUCUUCAGCACCCAAAUCUCGUAAAGCUUUACGGCUGCUGCAUUGAAGGAAAUCAGUUGUUGCUAGUUUACGAAUAUUUGGAGAACAAUAGUCUUGCCCAUGCAAUUUUUGGACAAGAUGAGCAGCUAAUUCAGUUGGACUGGGCCACAAGAAAGAAAAUAUGUUUGGGAAUAGCAAGGGGAUUGGCUUACCUUCACGAGGAAUCUAUAUUGAAAAUUGUUCAUAGGGACAUAAAAGCAACAAAUGUGCUGCUUGAUAAGGAACUAAAUGCCAAGAUCUCAGAUUUUGGUUUGGCCAAACUCGAUGAAGAAGAGAAUACGCAUAUCAGCACAAGGAUAGCUGGAACAAUAGGUUAUAUGGCUCCUGAAUAUGCGAUGAGGGGCUACUUGACAGACAAAGCCGAUGUCUACAGCUUUGGAGUCGUCACUUUGGAAAUUGUCAGUGGAAAGAGCAACACAAAUUACAGGCCGAAGGAAGAAUUUGUUUAUCUCCUCGACUGGGCCUAUGUGUUACAAGAGCGAGGGAACGUUCUUGAACUCGUGGAUCCACGUCUUGACUCGAAUUACUCCGAGGAAGAGGCAAUGAGAAUGCUAAACCUGGCACUACUAUGCACCAAUCCUUCACCAACUCUCAGGCCGCCGAUGUCAUCUGUGGUGAGCAUGCUCGAAGGGAAAGGCGCGAUUCAAGCACCAAUAAUCAAGCGCGCCGCUACAAAUUUAGAUCCUAGGUUCAUAGCCUUCGAUAGGCUAGCUAAUAAUAGCCAAACAAAUGUCUCAACAUUCUCUCAGGACACUCGCCAGGUGCCGGGAAGCAUGUCUUUAGAAGGUCCAUGGAUGGAAACUUCAGCUUCUUUCACAAGUAGGGGUGAGACCCGCAGCCAUUCUUCAGAGAGCAAGCUUCUCCCAGAUGUUUAGGACUCGGAUUCGUUUAGUAAUUAUUAUGUGUUCAUCAAUUUUUCUCUCCAAUAGUGUACAGGAAUCAUACGGUGGAAAUAUAGAGAAUAAGAAUGUCGCUGAAGGAUGUUAUAUAACCACGUUAUCGUCCGUCCAAGUCCUCGCAUUAGAAUUGAGCAUGUGCUGGCCUUUAGGCACAAGGUAUGGCUUCAUCUAGGUGACUCUCAAUUGUAUGAUUUU